AUGAUGGCCAUAGAAGGGAAAUUGAGCUUUGGUGUCAAGAAAAUGAAUGGCGAACAGGCCAAUCAUCUUGGAGGAGGAGGUGCUGAGGUCACAUCUGUGGCUCUGCAGGAGGAGGAGGUGCUGAGGUCACAUCUGUGGCUCUGCAGGAGGAGGAGGUGCUCAGGAGGAGGAGGUGCUGAGGUCACAUCUGUGGAUCUGCAGGAGGAGGAGGUGCUGAGGUCACAUCUGUGGAUCUGCAGGAGGAGGAGGUGCUCAGGUCACAUCUGUGGCUCUGCAGGAGGAGGAGCCCCCGGGGGACGACAUAACGGCAGGAGAAUGCUGAGCUUCAGACACACUUACAUCUUUGUGUACAACCUGCUGCAGUUCUGUGGACACACAUGGAUCCUGACCAACAUCAUCGCCAGGUUCCUCUCGUUUGGAAAAGACGGUUUAGUGGACAUGUUCCACUCUGUGGGGUUGGUGAUGAGCCUGUGUCAGCUGCUGUCCUUCCUGGAGCUGUUCCACAUCGCCGACGGCAUCGAGAAGGCCCGGCUGCUGCCACGCCUCAUACAGGUGACGCAGAAGAACGUGCUGCUGAUGACGGUGAUUCUGCUGGAGGAGCUGCAGAGUCAGUCCAUGGUGUGUCUGCUCUUUCUCCUGUGGAACCUGCAAGACCUCCUCAGGUAUCCCCAUGAGCUGCUGUGUCUGAUGGACCGGCCGUCAGUGUCCAUGCUGUGGUCCCGCUACACCCUCUGGAUCCCCCUCUACGCGCUCUCUGCAUUUACAGAAGGUUUCACUCUUUACACAGCCUUACCCCACAUCAGUCCUGUUUCUCCACCAUCAAACGCACAAAACUCGUCUCUGACCACGCCCACCCACCUCCACUUUGUUCUGAUUGGCUAUUUCCCGCUUCUGCUUCUCGGAGCUAGCGUAACGGUUUGGCAGUUGCUAAAAGAGAGAAGGCACUAUCUGGACAAGUGGAACAAGAAACGGAAAUGA